AUGACCACAGAGGUCGAAUUAGAAACGCAAAACAGCCGCCACAGCGAGGAAGGCCUCCUAGAGGCCAGUGACCCUGACGAGGUGUACUAUGAAAACAACAAAAAACGCAGCUGGCUUGUCGUAUUGGGCUCUUUCUUCGGGCUGCUACCCGUCUGGGGGCUUGCCAACUCGAUCGGUGUGAUCCAGACCCAAUUGCUCGAGUACGAACUCUCGGGCGUGUCCACUACCACUGUCUCGUGGAUCUUCUCCAUCUACACCGCUCUUUUGCAAAUUUGCAUGAUUUUUAGCGGCACAUAUUUCGACAGACACGGGACUCGGUUGCCGCUUAUCGUCGGCACCUUCAUGAUGACCGGCUCGCUGCUCGGAUUCGCCAACAGCACAAAAGUGUACCAGAGCAUUCUUUCGUUCUCUGGUGUCGGAAUUGCCUCGGGAAUUCUCUCCUCGCCCCUGAUGGGUGCUGUUUCGCAGUACUUUCCAGCCAGGAAAAGAGCCACCGCCAUGGCUCUCGCCGGCAACGGCGGCUGUGUGGGCGGCCUUAUAAUCCCCACCAUGCUGAGAAAGACAUAUGUCAGUCUUGGAUUCGCUUGGUCCAUGAGACUGCUGGCUCUGAUCACGUUUGUGUGUCUUUUGAUCUCGAUUUUCCUGGUCAAGGAAAGAAGAGUUGUGGAGGCGGAAGAAAUGUCCAGAAAGGACACUGUGAUUUUCUAUCUCACCAAGUCUUUCAACUUCAAGGCGUUGAGAGACGACCGCAAGUUCCUGUUUUGCGUUCUGGGCUGUGUCUUUGCAGAAGGCACGGUUCUGGUGACAUCGUCGCUGUUUUCGUUCGUGUGCAUUAAAAACGGGUUCUCCUCGAGUCAGGCAUAUUUGUUUGUCACUGUGAUCAACAUUGGAGCAGUCGUGGGCAGACUUCUGAGCGGCCUUCUUGCAGAUGUCCUUUUCGGCAGCUAUAACAUUAUUAUCUUCCUCUUGGUCAUCACUGCAGUUUUCAAUUUUGUCGUUUGGAUGCCGUUCAAAAGCAGCACUGGCGCCAUGUACACCUACAGUAUUCUUUAUGGCACCUUCUAUGGUGGCAUCUACUCCCUGAUUCCCACAUGUUGCUCAAUGAUCGUCAAGAAGGAAGAGUUUGGAGCCAACUAUGCCACCAUGUAUGCCAUCACCGGACUUUCUCUGCUGGGUCUGAACCCUGCUGCUGCAGCCAUUGUUGGUAAUGGCACCAGCAACAAACGCACAAACGGUUUCAUCGCAUACGCCUCCGCUUUGAGCCUGUUAGGGGCUGUCUGUAUCAGUCUGACGCGUGUCUUAUGCGUGGGAGCCAAGCUUAAGAAAUUUUAA